UGACGAGCGUUGGGUUUCUCGUUCCCUCCCGUCACGUGAUCUGGACCAGUCGCGGCAGCGUCUCGCCCGCUCUCAGCCUCCUGCUCCGCGCGCGCUGCCGGGGUGGCCGCUUCCAGGUGCCUCGUGGCGGGUUCGGGGCAGCAGCCACCCUGUCCCCCGCCGCGGGCCAGGGCCAGGGCUCGGGCUCGGCCGGGCAGGACGCUCCUAGCUCAUUUCCAGAAAUGUCAACUUUCUUAUAGGAAUUGUGUGAAACCCAACAAAGUCAUGGUGGAUGUAGGAAAGUGGCCAAUAUUUACCUUGCUUUCGCCUCAAGAAAUAGCAUCUAUUAGGAAAGCAUGUGUAUUUGGCACGUCGGCCAAUGAAGCUAUAUACAUAACCCAUAAUGAUGAGGUGUUUGUGUUUGGACUAAACUGUAGUAAUUGUUUGGGGACUGGAGAUAAUCAAAGCACCAUAGUACCAAAGAAAUUAGAAGCCUUAUGUGGAAAGAAGAUUAACAGUCUCAGUUAUGGAAGUGGACCACAUGUUCUACUUAGCACUGAAGAUGGUGAAGUUUAUGCUUGGGGACAUAAUGGAUACAGCCAGCUUGGGAAUGGAACAACCAAUCAGGGCAUUACUCCUAUUCAAGUCUGUACCAACCUGCUAAUUAAGAGGGUGAUUGAAGUAGCUUGUGGUUCUCAUCAUUCUAUGGCCCUAUCAUCUGAUGGAGAUGUAUAUGCAUGGGGCUAUAACAACUGUGGUCAGGUCGGAUCUGGAUCUACAGCAAAUCAGCCAACUCCUCGCAAAGUCUCAAAUUGUUUACAGACUAAAAUGGUGGUCAGUAUUGCUUGUGGUCAGACCUCCUCUAUGGCUGUAAUAGACAAUGGUGAGGUAUAUGGCUGGGGUUACAAUGGUAAUGGGCAGCUAGGUCUGGGAAACAAUGGCAAUCAACUCACACCUUGUAGAGUGGCAGCAUUACACGGUGUAUGUGUACUUCAGAUUACCUGUGGCUAUGCGCACACAUUAGCACUAACAGAUGAGGGUUUGCUCUAUUCCUGGGGAGCUAACACUUAUGGGCAGCUGGGAACUGGCAAUAAAAGUAACCAGCUAAGCCCAGUGCAGAUCAUGAUGGAAAAAGAAAGGGUUGUAGAGAUUGCAGCCUGCCACUCUUCUCACACUUCUGCUGCCAAGACCCAAGGUGGCCAAGUGUAUAUGUGGGGCCAGUGCCGUGGCCAGUCUGUUGUUCUUCCUCACCUCACUCACUUCACUUGCACUGAUGAUGUGUUUGCUUGCUUUUCUACUCCUGCUGUGAUGUGGCGCCUCCUUUCAGUAGAGCAUGAAGACUCCUUAACAGUAGCUGAGUCUCUGAAGAAAGAGUUUGACAGUCCAGAAACCUCAGACCUAAAAUUCCGCGUAGAUGGAAAAUACAUCCAUGUUCAUAAAGCUGUUCUAAAGAUCAGAUGUGAACACUUCAGAACCAUGUUCCAGUCAUAUUGGAAUGAGGACAUGAAGGAGGUGAUAGAAAUAGACCAAUUUUCUUACCCAGUGUAUCGUGCCUUUCUUGAGUACCUAUAUACAGACAGCGUUGAUCUGCCACCUGAAGAUGCUAUAGGACUUUUGGAUUUGGCCACAUCUUACUGUGAAAACAGAUUGAAAAAACUGUGUCAACACAUUAUCAAGAGAGGAAUUACUGUGGAAAAUGCAUUUUCAUUGCUCUCUGCUGCAGUGAGAUAUGAUGCAGAGGAUUUAGAAGAAUUCUGCUUUAAGUUUUGUGUCAAUCAUUUGACGGAAGUGACACAGACUGCAGCGUUUUGGCAAAUGGAUGGCCCCCUGCUAAAGGAAUUCAUUGCUAAAGCCAGUAAAUGUGGAGCCUUUAAGAACUGAAACACAUGGCUAGGUGUCUCCAAAGAAAAUAAAACCCAGGAACCUCUAAGGAGAGGCACUGAAAAGCAGAGUUUCUGGACCAUACCGUCUCCUGUGGCCCUCUCUCCUCCACCUGGGUUAAGAGGCCUAGCCAAGGCAUCCUGUCCCUGUGAACUGAGCUGCUGUUAGGCUGUGGUGAGUGAACACAAGUGUGGAAACUGAGAAGACAAGAGUUGAUCGGGGUGUGAGUCACACUGGAUAAAAUUAUCAAAAUUCUGUUUUCAACAGUUGCUAAGGAGCCUAAGUUUUCCUGAAGUUCAAUAGCCUUAUACUCUUAACCACUUCGGCAAUUUUGAAAAUAUUGCUCAGUAUCGUUAUCCAAGUUCUUGCUACUGUGCAUAUAUCUAUACUGGAGCUGGACGUGUAAUUUCUAGCUCAGGCAAAUUUAUAUGUGCUAGCGUUGCACUAGCUCCCUGCAGCAGCAUAGGGAAACUGCUGGAAACAAUCCCACCCAAGACCCGGGGUACCUAGGUGAUGAGCCUGCUGCUGCCAGUGCCGCCACGGCUGCACUGCUAUUUUUUAGCUAAUUUGAUCAAAGCUAGUGUGCAUGUCUACUCGAGCUGGAAAUUACACCUCCAGUGUUGACAUAACCCUGAGGUAUAGAUUUGAAAGCCAACCACUGCAACAGGAGAGCAAGACUGAAAUUUCUAAAGAUACGUAAGGGCAUUAGGUGCCCAACCCACAUUUGAAAUUUAAUGGGAUUUGGAAUCCUAUCCAUUAGGAAUCUUUGAAAACCCCACCCUAAAUUCAAACCUAGCACAAGUAAAAUUAGAGCUAUGAACAUGCACAGGGUGUUGUGUACAUUUGCCUGACAUACUAAUAUCUAGCGCUUCUCUGUCUAGCAGCUUUUCCACAGAAGGGAGAGAUGAAAGACUUGUUGGAAUGUUGGUAACUUGCUUUUGUCCUUAGAGGUAACACCUUCAAAUAUUUCCACCUAAAUAGACUAAAUCUAUCAAUCCCUCAAUUCAGGACUCCUGUAGCACAUUUUGGCUGUCUACAGGCAACAAGUAGAGCUAUGCAAUAGAACUAUUAAUUUACACUAAUGACAGAGUGCAUUGUUAACUUUGUAAAGUAGUUAAGUGAAGUGUAAAAUGCACUAAAAUAUACUGAGUUUCUUAAGUGUAGAUUAAUUUCAUUUAUUUCAUAGUACAGCUGCAAAGGUUCUUUAGUGUAUUUAAGAAUAAUAAAAUCUUAAUAUGAA